AUGGCAGAAUUUCCUAAGAACAUAACGGAUGGAGAAGAGACAACCUAUGAUGGCUGUGAAGGCCCUGAUGCCAUGUAUAUGUCAAAUUGGUAUCUUUGGAGGGUCAUGAUUUUAAAAAGAGAACACGCACUAACAUCCGGAACAAUAAAAGCCAUGUUGAGUGGCCCAGGUCAGUUUGCUGAGAGCAAAACUAAUGAAGUAAAUUUUCGAAAGAUCCCUUCACGUGUGCUAUCAAAAGUAUGCACGUAUUUUACCUACAAGGUUCGCUACACUAACAGCUCCACAGAGAUUCCUGAAUUCCCAAUUGCACCUGAAAUUGCACUAGAAGUGCUGAUGGCUGUGAACUUCCUAGACUGUUAA